UUGAGUGCCAGACCCGUACUAAACUUGCAGCCUAAUUUCUUAAGACAGGGUUACUGUAAACACCUUUUAGCUGUUCUCUCGGUGGAUCUCGCUCUCUUCCCGAAGGGAACAUUCCAUUGUCUUGAGCAAGUAAAGCCUGUGUUAAAUUGUUUUUCUCAAAGAAGUUUUUGUGAGGUUGAGGUUUUGGAAGUGCUAUAGAUCACAGAAGCCCUCAGAUGACAGACUUAUUGUAAGAGAUAGAUGGACUUAAUCUCAAACACUGCGUGUCAUUAUGAUUUUAGGACCAAAGGCAUUUUUGUGCAUGCAUUUAUUUUCUAAAAAUCAUUAGUUGGUGUGUAUUUUUCUUUACUAAGCCUUUAAUUCCAAUUUUCAUGUCCAAAUAUGAGAAACAAAUCAUAGCAAAAAAUAAAAUUAAAUGAUUGGAGAAUAACUGGAAUAUAUUUAAACAUUAAAUUUUAAAGUAAAAAUGUGUAUACAUUUUUAACCAUUGCUUGUAAAUAAGAGAACAUUUAUGUUUACAGAGUGUACAUACUACUAUCCUUGAAAAGAUUUUUUUCUCACAGUUUUGCCCACAAUGCUUAUACCUGAUUUACCCAUUCCAAUUUAAAAUUUUCAGAAUGCUGAAAUUUUUAAAAUCUCAAAUGUUUUUCACAAGACCUCACUGUGUCUUCAGAAAUCAUUAUUUUUGGAAAUCUGGUCAGUUCUCACAGAAUCAGUUCUGUUUAAAAUGCUAUUUGAGAAUGAAAAGCAUAUUUUAUUUGCUUUUUUGAGGAGCUCCCAAAACCUAGGAUUUAAGGGGCCUUUUGAAGGCAGUAGUGAGCUCUGGGCCCCACCUUUGGACUCCCAGUUUCACCCCCUCUCCAUUCGGAUUUUGAAGGGAGUGGAUGGAACUGGAUCUUUGACUUGCCAACUUUUUGACCACGUGUGCUAAGUCUCUUCAGUCGUGUCCGACUCUUUGUGACCCUGUGGACUAUGGCCCACCAAGCUUCUCUGUCCAUGGGAUUCUCCAGGCAAGAAUACUGGAGUGGGUUGCUGUUCCUUUCUCCAGGGGACCGUCCCCACCCGGUUUUGACCAUGAUGCACAUUUGACAUCAUGCUGCAGUAGACUGUGUGUGUGUGUGUGUGUUUAUAUAAAACAAGUACCGUUAUAUAAAACAGUUUCAAAAAUAGUGCUUAUGCUCUGUGAUAUACUUGUGUAUUCUAUUCUUUUUUUUAAUGCCAUUCUUGACCCAUGAAACUAAUGAAUUACUUAUGGUCUACAACUUAUAGUUUGAAAAGCUUAUCUAGACCAGAAUCAGGCUCCAGAAUAAUGAUUGGCCUGGAAAAGGUUUUAGGAGGAUUUGCUUAUAGGAUCAUGGAAUUGAAUGUGAGAGUGAAUAUCCAUGGUUUAUAGAAUUAUAUGAUUGAUUCUGUUGGUUAUACUUUAAAUUUUUAUCAGAAAUAGUUUUUGUCAUGGUAUUCAGCCUGGAUUUCUGAAUUGUUAAAAAGUUACAACUUAUUCAAAUUUGGAAAAUAGUAUCUUAAUUAGUAUUUGAUGCAUGAGAAUAAGGAUACAUUUCACCUUUGUGAAAAGGGGCUGCUGGAAAAGGUUUUUGUUUGGAGAUUUUCACAUGAAAAGAUGUUUUGGAUCAGGCUGUAACUGCAUGGAAAGUAUACAGAAAUUGCCAUUGUGUUAUUUUCCCACUAGUUUUGAAAAAACAUUUUAAUGAAAUACAAUUUUGGAUGCUUGUUUCACUUUGCCCAGUUUUAUAUGCCUAUAUGAAUAUGGUGCCUAAUAAAAUAAUUAUGAUGAUACUUUGCAUUUAUGUAAACUUAAAAAAAAUCUGUAACUUACUGUUACAAAUAAACAAAUACAAAUGUGGCGAGUGCUAUAAGAAAGCUGGCAGAGCAUGAGAGACCACGAGAAGCAGGUAACAGGGUUAAGGGAUCAGGAAAGUCCCCAUUGAGGAAACCAUGUUUAAAUAGGUGAGAGGAGAAGCACUUUCCAUGCUUUGUCACUGAGGUACUGACUGCGGAUGAUGUUACCCUUAUUUGCAUCUAACUGAACAGGGAUCAGAGCGGGUGAAGCUCUUCUAGCUCACCGAGUUAGCAAGCGAUGAACUCUUUUGGAUUUUCAGACUCCUUGUUGGGUCCUGUUCACACCAUAUCACGUUGCUUUUUUCUAGAAUAUUUAUUCUUACUAUCCUAGGAUGAUAGAGUAUAUAUUUGCUAUUGUAUAGAACUUUAAAUUUUUAUAUUCAUAAUUUCAUCUUUUACAUGGACUUCUUUUUUUCACUUGAAGAAUUUUACUUAAUAAACAAUUCAGGAAGGUCCCUUAUGGAUAACUUAAUGAAAAAUAGUACUGGCUCAAUUCUAUGUGUUACAGGAAUUAUAACAAAUUUGAAAGUGUUCAGUAUUUAGUUACAUUUACAUAGGACUUCAUUUACCUGGGAAAAGUGGGGGGCAGUGGAGGAGGGGAAGUUUUGGGUGGUGUGAGACAGCAGGCGAGGACACGCCUGGUCUGGACAUUUUGAGUCCUGGUGUGGUGGCAGGGAGGAAGAGGACCAGAAAAGGAAAAUGAGGAUGCUGUUGCUUUGCUGGAGCCAGGGCAAGCAACCCGUGCUAACCAGUAUGACUGCUAAGUCACCUCCAUUGCUUGCAUUUCUCCAGUGUGUUUGGGAUUGGCCACAUAGAGCAACGUGACACAUGAAGGUAGGAGCUGUGUGUAGAAAAAGAGAUCUUGAUUCAGUUAACGUGCUCAGAGAACUCAAUAAAUAAGCAAAUGAUAUCACCAUCAAUAGGGGUGUUGGUAAAUCGUUUCACUCUGGAAGUUAUCAAGCUAGGCAUCUGGCUGGGUUUCCUCUUUUCUUUGUUAGAAAGAAAUAAGUACCUUUGACAGUUUUCUUAUCACCAGGCUGAUGAGAUUGUACCAUCUGUUUAUUUGUGAUUCUCCACCUUUGAGGUUCUCUUUUAAAUGAUUAUACACCUUAAGAAGGAUGUUUUCUAUUAUUGCUUAAUAAUUUAUUCUCUAAGGGGAUAGCAUAUAUAUAUAGUAUAAAUUUUUAUAGUAGAAAUUUUAAAAGUUUUUUAAGAGGCAUAUUUUUUAAAAAGCACAAUAAGGAAUAAGAGCCACACAUUUCAACCAUUUCUAUUAGCCAGGUUUGUUAGAAGGGAAACUCCAGGGGGAAACAUAUGUAUGGUUGUUAUAUGCCUUUGAACUAAUAUACACUAUAAGCAUAAUCUGGAAUAUUGUCUUUCAGAACUUAAGGAAGGGAAGAGGAAGGGAACUAACAUUUGCUGAAAACCUACCAUGUGCCAGGCACUGUGCUAGACACUUUGACAUACAUUACAGGGUUUAUUCUGCCACUGGCGACAUGCCGACUUACCAGAUCCGAGCUCCGACUACUGCUUUGCCACAGGGAGUGGUGAUGGCUGCCUCCCCCGGAAGCCUGCACAGUCCCCAGCAGCUAGCAGAGGAAGCGACACGCAAACGGGAGCUGAGGCUAAUGAAAAACAGGGAAGCUGCCCGGGAGUGUCGCAGGAAGAAGAAAGAAUAUGUCAAGUGUCUUGAAAACCGCGUGGCUGUGCUUGAAAACCAAAACAAGACCCUCAUUGAGGAACUCAAGGCCCUCAAAGAUCUUUAUUGCCAUAAAGCAGAGUAACUGUCUUUGACUCGGACCUUGUUUGCUCUGAACUCUAAUCAAGGCAGGAGGUGCAGCCAUGCUACUAAUUGCCAUGUGGAAUGACCUGUGGAAGGGACCCCAGUGACCCUUGAGAACCCAGUUUGGCUUUAGUGUUUGAAAUUGAAUGAGACCUCUUGUC